CGGCAAGAGGCUCCGGCUCGCGCCGCAGCCGUUACGGAUCGGAGCGGUUAUUUUCUCGCCCCCAUCGACUGAAUUCGGCUUUUAGUGGCGUUUUUUAAGCUUUACACGACGUCCGACGUGGACAGCACCCAUCGCUGGCACGGUAAAUGUUAAAUUCCUGAGGUAAACCGACGUUUUUCCGACCACUUUGCGCUUUUUCAUCGUUUAAUCGACCGUGUCCUGCUCGGUCCUAAACCGCCGUGCCGUUCCGUGUUUUCCUCCGCUCUCGCUAGCUUGAAGGGGAUCGGCGAGAAAAACAAACAGGGUCGAAAAAGAAGAAGGAUAACGGUUGCUGGUUGUGGCGGUAAUCGAACCAAACGUGUCGUUCUGUGUUAUUUAACUACAGUAUGCCGUUUCCCGUCGUGGUCGCCUCCGCUGCAGUACCGAAACGGGGAACCGAAAGGAGUGCGGCGGCUCACUAACGUCAACAUGUUCCCGUCGACUCGUGUUCGUUUCGCGUUCAGCCCACUGCCGUUGCGGCUUUUAUCGUCCUGACUUCGACCUUUACCUGUUUUCUUUAUUUUGUUUUUUUUUUUCGUUUUAUUUUUUUAACGACGCAUCCAUGCAUCCAACGUCGCGUCCGUAAGUCAUGCACACCAGGCGCCUCGUUAAGCGCUCCGUCGUAGGCAGUCGCGUGUACGCGCCGGCUCCAGCCGGCCACGCGGCGCCGCUCGCCGGAGUGGUGCAGGCCGUCAAGCAGGAAAGCAGGGACGCCUCGAGCGGCCACCGGUGCAGCGUGUACACCGUGCUGAUGCAGGACGGCACCGUGAGGGAAUUCUCAGAGGAGGAGAUCGCGCUCGGCUCCGCUCAGAUGGCCGCCAAGGGACCGCUGAAGUCCAGCCUGAAGCAGAGCUCCUGUAACGGCGGUGAGCGGGAUGGGCAAGCACAGAGCCAGAAUGGUGUUGUGCAGAAGGGCGAGGUCACAUUGCCCAGCCCAGAGGGGGGAGAGGAUCCCCGGGUGCUGGAGCAUAAACGGACAGGCCGGGCACUGGACCAGGAGAAGGACCACACCCGCUCCGUCUCUCUGCUGGAGCAGAAACGCAAGGUGGUCUCCUCCAGCAUUGACGUGCCUCAUGCCAGGAAAUCAGAAGAGGAGGUGGACAUGGACAAAGUGACUGCUGCCAUGGUGCUGACAAGUUUGUCCACUAGUCCUCUGGUGCGGAGUCCUCCGGUCAAAGUUAGCGAGGGUCUCAAUGGCUCCUGGAAGGAUGGAGGCUUCACCCCGUCUAGUUACAGCAGCAGUGGCUGCUGGAGCUGGAGUGCUCCGAGUGACCAGUCCAACCCCUCCACGCCUUCCCCGCCGCUGUCAGCUGACAGUUUCAAACCCUUCCGCAUGCCCAGCCUCAAUGGGCCGCAAGAUGACGCUCUGGAUGAGCAGGAUGGGAGCAGCCUGCUGUUUGAUGAACCCAUUCCUCGCAAACGCAAGAACUCCAUGAAGGUGAUGUUCAAGUGUCUGUGGAAGAACUGUGGCAAGGUACUGAGCACUGCAGCGGGAAUCCAGAGGCACAUUCGAACUGUACAUCUCAGUCGCAACUGUGACUCCGAGUGCAGUGACGGUGAGGAAGAUUUCUACUACACUGAGAUUAAGCUGAACACAGACUCAGUGGCUGAUGGCCUGAGUAGUCUGUCCCCCGUGUCUCCCUCUGUUGUGUCACCUCCGCCAGCCGCAGAACAGAAAUGGGCUGACACCUCCAACGGCAACAGUGGGACCAAGAACGAAAGCAGCAGUUCCACCCCACUCAGCCGCUCUGCCCCUAGCGCCCUCUACCUAGUGCACACUGACCACGCCUACCAGGCCACGGCCCCAGUCACCAUUCCUUCCACCAGCUCGGCUGGCUUCACUCCCUGCAGCAACAGUUUCAGCAUCUCCUGGCAGUCCCCACCCGUUACCUUCACUGGCACCCCUGCCUCUCCCACUCACAGUCGCACACAGGGAUUUAGUGAGCAGCGCUCUCAGACCAUUGCAGUGCUUUCAUCUCCCCCACGAGCCACAGGUUCACUCAGCAGGAAGUCCCGAGGCGAGGGCAAGAAGUGCCGCAAGGUGUACGGGAUGGAGAACAGAGACAUGUGGUGCACUGCGUGCCGCUGGAAGAAAGCCUGCCAGAGGUUCGUGGAUUGAGUCGUGUCUGGCUGCCAUAUAAAUGGGGCGGGGCUUCUCUUGCAUGCAUAACGUAUUUCUUUUUGCCCCGCCUCCUACGCCACGAUCCCUCGUGUCCUGGUCUGGACCCAGGAACUGAACUCUUAACAUUCCCUCCCAAACCUGUGCAUCCCACCCACCCAGAGAGGCAAGUAGCUCUCCUGUGCGAAUAAAAGAGAAAACUUUCAUGUGAUCCAUUUGUCUUUUUGUUUUUGGAAGUCUGGCUGUAAAACAGUACUGGAGGCACCAGUGAUGUGACCAAUCGUAGCCCAAGCUUUUUUCUAAAGGAGAGGAACACUCUUUGAGAAUGCAAAAAGAUGGAGUAGGGGAAAGGUCCUUGUUUUCCAUGAACACUUUUCCACUCUGCAUUUCAGCAGGGCUAAAGGCUGGCCAGCCAGACACCCCAGACUCCCUCCAUUCCUCCUCCAAGAGAAUGUACUGCUGUGGGGGCUUGUGUUGUGAAAGGGAGGGGGAGGAGGAGCUCCCCCUAGUGGAAACGGAUCAAUGCAAAAAAAUAUAUAAAAAAGUCUAGGGGAGCCAAGUGGACGGAAUACUUACAGCUACCCCUUUUCUUCCUUAUUGUCACAAGCAAUUACACCCAUGAGGGAGAGACAGUUUUCUAUCUCAGUUUUAUAUAUCUCAUUUCUUUCAGGGAUGCGAUGACUGAAAGCAAAACCAGCAGCUACAUUUAACAGCAGUGAAGGUAAUGGUUUUUGUCACAGGAAUAAUCUACCUGCAACCAAAAAGGAUUUGUUUUUUAUGUGCCAUUUCUCUUUAUUUGGUCUUUGUUUAUAUACUCAGUGAUACACGAUAAAGUACAAAGACUGAUAUACUAAUUACAACCCAACAUAGCAGACUAGUGGCGAAGCGGACCACAGCUCGAGCCGUACUGAGGCGCCCACUCAGACCAUCUUGUUUUCCAUCAUUCUCCAUCUGAGGCAUGAACUCUAUUCAUUGUACAUUUAGUGAGAAGGCCAGCACGCCACAUCUGCCACCUGUGGAGGGUCAUCCAGAUGCCGAGCUGAGUGCACAGGUAUGCCUGUGAAAGCUUGGAGAGGCAGCCCAUUUACCUCUUAGAGUAAAAGAGCUUGAUCUCCUCUCACCUUUUUCCUGACCUCAUACAUUUAUGUAGGAAGUAAUAAAAGUUACAGCACUUACCACGUCCGCCCCAUGCCAGCCCUCCCCCGGCGUAGGAGCUCACUCAGUGGGCAGGCAAGCGGGAAGCUGGAAGCACUUGAGUGUGUUCUGUUAUUCGUCUGUGAUUGAUAGAGUAUUGUGUAACUGCACUGCACGCUGCACUCAGAACGGUCAUGUGAGGAGGACACGUGUUGCACGGGGCUUUUCUACAUGCUGUUUCAAGUGAUGGAGACUGGAUGCGGAGGGGCUUCCUUUAGUCCAGUGUGUCGUCUUGGACUCAUCACCUGUGUGAUGCCAGCAUGGAUGUCUUAUUGAGUUUUACACAAGAAGAAAACGGCUGCUCGGCUGGCAGUUGCAAGUUCUCUGGCACUGUUCCUUUGAUGCAGCAUCGUAUUAAACCAUCCAAAACACCAGCUUAUAAACUGACUCCCAAACGCACACACCCCACUGCUCAGUCCCUGUAUUACCUCCUUCAUUAUUCUUCUGUUUUAUCCCUAAAAUGUUUCUUUUUCAUGUGUGCUACUAUCAGGAUGUUCAUGUAUGUAGUUUUGAUCUAAGCUAAAUGUUUUCCUUUGAAAGCUACACUGAGCAAUUUUACAUAACCAUGGGAACAAAGAUGCAUCUGUACAGGUGAGGUGAACAAAUUCAAAUCUGA